CGCGACUGACGUCACUGCCGGGCGCCAGGCGGCACGUUGGCCGGGAUUUCGGCGGGCUUCCUGGGGCCCAAAAUGGCUAUGGCUAGUGAUUUCUACCUGCGCUACUAUGUAGGGCACAAGGGCAAGUUUGGACACGAGUUUCUAGAGUUCGAGUUUCGGCCGGACGGAAAGCUUAGAUAUGCCAACAACAGCAAUUAUAAAAAUGAUGUCAUGAUCAGAAAAGAGGCUUAUGUACACAAGAGUGUAAUGGAAGAACUAAAGAGAAUUAUUGAUGACAGUGAAAUUACAAAAGAAGAUGAUGCUUUGUGGCCUCCUCCUGACAGGGUUGGUCGACAGGAGCUGGAAAUUGUAAUUGGAGAUGAGCACAUUUCUUUUACUACAUCAAAAAUAGGUUCUCUUAUUGAUGUAAAUCAGUCAAAGGAUCCUGAAGGCCUUCGAGUAUUUUACUAUUUGGUACAAGACCUGAAAUGUUUAGUUUUCAGUCUCAUUGGAUUACACUUCAAGAUUAAACCAAUUUAAAUUUUA